AUGGCCACUCAAGAGAAGUCAUCAGUUCCACAUAUCGAACGAACUGCCACGGAACCACGGGAUAAUAAACUCCACCCCGUAAUACUGUCUCAAGUAUCUCAGAUAAACUCGUCGAUUCGACUUCUGCGCUUGACACCUGUUGAGAAAGAGCCCAUAAAGUUCCAACCAGGUCAAUGGGUCGACCUACACAUACCCUCCCUUCCCUCCCCAGGCGGCUUCACCCUAACCUCACCACCCUCGCUCUCGCCCAACUAUCUCGAACUCGCCAUACAAUGUUCUCCUCCUAAUGCUACUCCGCCUACACCCGCUCACUGGAUCUGGCAGCCCCCUUCCCAAAUUCUCAAUGCACAACUUAAGAUCCGUAUCGGGGGCUCAUUCACAUGGCCUCCCCCUCUCCCGCUUCCAAGCUUGAAAAGAGUUGUUUUCAUAGCUGGUGGCGUGGGAAUCAAUCCCUUGAUCAGUAUGCUUAGCGUUAUUGCUGAGCAGAAAGAGAGAGCUGGUAAUGAGGGAGGAAAUUUGGAUUUCACUGUACGGUUUUUGUAUUCGGUCAGAAACUCUGUUGACAGUGAGGGACGGAAUGAGGAGAUUCUGUUCCUUUCUCGAUUACGCGAGAUUUUCAAGACAUUGGGCGAAGAGGGAGAGCUGAGGUUGUUUGUUACGGGCGACGAAGGAGGCGUAGUGCAUGGAUCUGAGGGAUUAGAGGUAAAAAGGAGGAGGAUUGAUGAGGGUGAUUUGCAGGAUGCAUUAAGUGAUGUAGGGAAUAGAGAAGGCACGGUGGUUUAUGUUUGUGGAGUACCAGAGAUGACGGAUCGGUUUGUGGAAUUGGCUGGGAAAGCGGAGGGUAUGGAUGAGAGAAGAGUGUUGAGUGAAAAGUGGUGGUGA